GUCAACGAGGAAAACGUGUUUGAAGUUCUUGCCGCAGCAGAUCAUCUUCAAGUGGGAAGUGUUGCUAAACUGUGCUGUGAUUUCAUGCUGAUCCAGUUUGUCCAGCUUCGGUUUGAUGUUCAAACGUACUGUCGAGUUUGGACAAUUGCCGAUAGACACGGUCUGAAAGAUCUGCAAGAAGCAGCGGAGAAAAAGAUGGCACCGAUGUAUCAGGAGAUUUGUGAAAGCGAAGAAUUUCGUUCUCACUUUGGCGCAAAUGAACUAUUUAGUCUCCUCAAUCGAGAUGACCUCAAUGCACCUUCGRAGACGUUCGUCUUCAAAUCAGUGAUGCAGUGGAUUAAACACAAGAAGGAAGAGAGGAUGGCAGUUGCAGCCAAAGUUAUCGGAGCUGUUCGUCUGGGCCUGGUGGAUACCAAGGUUUUGAUUGAAGAACUGGAUACAGAGGAAAUGCAACGAGAUUCAGAGAUUGCCAUGCAGUUGCUUCAAGUGUUAGUCUAUAACAACAGUCCUUCGCACAAUUUUGCCGUAGAGAAAGUAAAACCACGAUCGAUGAAGCUGGUUCUUGUUGCCAUUCUCCCUCAGGCUCAGAUGCAGUAUUUUGAUGAUGGAGCCAAAACGUGGAAACCUUUUCCAUCCAUGGCACAAUUAACUGAGGCAACAGAUUGCUCUUGCGCAGAGUAUGUUGGCGAUUACUUGUAUGUAGCUGCAAAGAAGGCGAAUGAUUUUGUCAACUAUCGAUAUGACACAGUUAGCAACUCGUGGGAAACACUCUCCUCAAUUCUAAGCCAUAGUGACUUCUGUAACAGGCAGAUUGACUCUCUGUGUUUUCUUGAUGACUUUUUAUAUGCAAUUAGCGGUGCAUCAACCUGCGUAUCGUUUAAGUAUAGCCCAGCUAAGAAUAAUUGGCAAGGUGGGGCUAGUUUAGGUUUUCUUAAGAAAGAGUUUGAUGAUCCAAACAGCCGACUGACCAAUGCAACAGCCACAGUUUGGAAGUCAUAUAUAUAUAUAUAUAUGUUCUUCACGGUCUUAAGACAGCUGAAGAGAGACCACUGUUUGGAUUUAAGGUCUCGGCUGCCCCAUCGAUCUACCCGUAGUUCACUGCGUACGGCCGCAUCUCCCCCAUCUGCAGUCUCUAGCGGGGGUUUGUUUGGGGCCACUACCCCAUCUGCAGUUAUUACCACUGGUUCAGUCCUUGGGGUGAGGUCUGCUACAUCUGCAACUUCUACUGGAUGUGGGACCACGAUUUCCCAAUCUACCGGUGCUUCAUUGUUUGGGGCGCGUUUUGGGACCGCACCUACCCCAUUUGCAGGUCGUAACAAGGGUUCAGACUUUCGGGUGGGGUCUGUCCAAUCUGCAUUUCCUACCGAGGGUUCAUUGCCUAAAGCAGGGUCUACCUCAUUAGCAUUUGAAAGUUCUAAUAAUUCUCAGGUUUGGGCAGACAAGGCAGCUGUACUGCACUGCUUCAACCCAAAAACGAACAAAUGGAAGCAACAGUCCUCAACCUGCCAUCCUUACUAUGACUCCUGCCUUUUUGUGAUUAAUAACAGGCUCUAUGUCGCUGGGGGUGCUGGACCUUCCCUGUAUCCUUCAGCCUCUGUUGAAGUGUAUGACGAGGAAAACAACAUUUGGUCUGUUGUUGAACANUAA